UACGUAACGUACGAUCAAUAAAAAGUAUAUAGUAGAGAUUUUUUCAUUAUAAAAAAUUGAUUAUCAUUUCGUUGUUACUUGUUUGUUAUCGUCUUUCUAUUAAUUAGGAAAAAAAACUAUUUUUCCAUACGUCUGUAAAUUAAUAUUGUGCGUCAUUGAAUAUUUAAUUUCAUAUUUGUGAGAAACAGCCUGAUAUCAAUCAAAAUGGAGGUUGACGAAUGCUCAGCUAAUGGUGAUUCUGGCGCUGAAGAAGAUGAGGACGAUGACAUGUCUCAGGGUUCUGGUAGCAAUACGAGCACGAGUAACAGUAGUGACAGUAGUUCAUCGUCAGAAAGUGGCGAUGAUACAGAAGACGAUGUCACGAGUGUUUCUGACGGUAAUUCAUCUAUUGACGAUGAGGACGAUAAAAAUGAUGACGAUUUAAAUAAAGAUGAAAGAGACGAAAAUGAAGAUUUAUUGCGAUGGGAAACGUGUAUAGCAGAUGGUAUUAAAAUUAAAUUACCACAAGAUUUAUGCGAGCAUCCUUCAAUUUUUCGUGAAAUGUUCAAUUAUCCACGAUUGUGGCAAGAAUCUUUAUCCGACAGUCAGAAAGAAAAUUUAUAUAAUCUUUUGCCACAAUUUCCAAAAGAUUGUAAUGUCGAAAUGGAAUUAGACAAAACUCUAAAAAUGUUUUUUAACGGCGAGAAUGAUAGAUUUGGUGUCUCGCCUCUAGAUACAUUUCAUAAAAAUCUCUCAACUGGUUAUUUUCGUCCAGAUAUUAGAAGAAUUCGGAAUUUAGUACGUAAAGCACAACAUAGAAGAGCUUUAUUUGAGGAACGUAAACACGCCUAUGAAUUGGCAAAUAAAUUGUUAAAGUCACGUGAAAAUUUACUUCUCAAUGCCUAUAAACAGGGAUUCAGUCAAACGACACAUAAAACAGUAUCUAAAUUUCAUUGGAAAAGGCCAAAACCAGCGUUAGUUGAAGAAAAAGCACAAUUGCGUUAUAUGGAAGAAAUGAACGCAUUGAGAACAGAACUUGGAGCAAAUGCAAAUCUCAUUGAUGAUUCAACAUCUGAAAAUGAGGAAAACUAUCCACACUUUCAAUUAAGUAAUUCAAAGCAAAAGAAACGUAAACGACCUGUGAUGACACCUCAAAUUCCAUUAAUAAGAGGCAUACAAAUGGAUAAUGAAGAUGAUGCCAUUCGACCAGUGUUUUCAACUCAUCAUCGUUCUGAAUAUAUUCCACGAUUUUCAAUGCGAGAACAAACCGAUGAUUUUUAUCGAUCCAUGCUUGUUACGCAUAAAAAACGAAGAACUCGUCGAGAUAAUCAUCCGGAGUUGAAUACACAAGGUAUUUCGCUCCCUGAUUUAAUGCAAAGGGCUCAAAUUGGUCAAAAGCAUAAAAUUACAGCGACCGGACCAAUUCGACUACCGAGUUCGAAAAAACGAAUAAAACUCGAUUCACCCGCAUUGCCACCGGUGCCAAAGAUUAAUACAACUGUUAUUAAACAUGAGAUUGAUAACAAUGAUUAUUCCCACACCACUGAUGAUAUUAAACACUCGAAUUUUGCCGAUUUGGAGCAUAAAAAUUCAAAUUUUCCAAUUAUCAAAACGGAACCAAUGGAAACAUACGAACAACCACGGCCGCAGCCUAAAAAAAUAGCACCUCCAACUCCAAAAAGUAAUAAAAAUCAUCCAAUAAUAAUACCAAUGGUGGAAGUUAAACGUGAAGUGGAAGAUUAUGAAUAUGAGGAGAGGAUAAAAAUUGAACAAUCAGUUGAGAGUAUUCGAGUCGAUGCUGAGGAAGAUGAAGUUGAUAAAAAGGAAAUUGAUUUAGAUAGUAUUGAUAUGAUGCAAUUACCUAUUCAACUUGAUGACGGUAUCGAUAUUCUCAAUGAAGUCAAAUGUGAAGCCGAGGAGAUGAUGAUGCCAGAAAAGGAAGUUUCCGUAACUGGUGGUGAUGAAUUAUCAUUGCCCGAUGGUGGUGACAUUGAAUUAAUGCAAGAAACACACGCUUGUUUCUUUUCACUUUUACGCGAUGCUUUUCUCUCAAAAGGGGAAUAUCGAAUGAACACUGCGGAAAUGAAGGAAGCUGUGAUGCUCUGGCAGGGAAAUCCCAUAUCGCCGUUAAAUGAUUGGUAUUCCUUGGCACCGUCUUGGACGUCUUUAGUUCCAUUGGCUCUAGGUUUUCUUGCUGGCGAGUUAACUUAUCCUCAAGAUUCAGAACAAAAUGAUGGCGAACAAGAACUCGUUCCCUAUUUGGAAAAUAAAGGUCGUGGAAUUUAUGCAUGGAUUGGCGCUGGAAGAGAUUCAGAUAUGCGACUUUCGGCUCUUUGCGCUCGAUUUUUACUUCAUAGGGACGAAUUAGGACCUCCGCAGGCGCUGCUUCAAAAUGUAAAUACGACGAAAAGUCAAAUACAACAGACAACCGUUAGUGCAAAUAAUAGUAUUUGUUCAACACCAAGUAGCCAGAGACCAGAGAGUCCUGUUUCUGAAUCAGUGGGAACUGAUACUGGUCUCGUGAGUUCUGUCGCUGAAUGGGAACCACCACGUGCUCUAUAUCCCACUGAUUGGAAAGUUAAAUCCUCAACUUUCGAGGAACGAGAGGAAUUCCGCCGGCAGGAAAGAAUGAGAUACGCCGCUCCUCAUAAAGCUUUCACAUAUCGAAUGCAUGGUUAUUCUUCUGUCGUUGGUCCAGUUAAAGGAAUUUAUCAACAUAAUGUCGGUUCUGGUUUAACAAAACCACGAGGUCAUUCUUUACUAGUUGCGGAUCGUCCGAAUUUCGUGACAAUUUUAGCACUUGUACGAGAUGCAACGGCAAGACUUCCAAAUGGUGAGGGAACAAGAGCCGAUAUUUGUCAAUUACUCAAAGAUUCUCAAUAUAUUAGGGAAAUUGAUGAAAGUGACAGUAGUCACGAUAAAGAAGGUAAUUUACAUUCAGUUGUCUCUGGAGCAUUGGAUAGACUUCAUUACGAAGCCGAUCCUUGCGUUCGAUAUUAUCCCAGAAGAAAAGAAUGGCUUUACCUUCAUCGAGCCCGUUCUGAAUCUGAAUUUGAAAUGUUUCAUCAACAAUUCCAAGGCGUGCCUAAAAAUAAAAAAAGUAGCAGUGGAUCCUCAAGGAAUAAAUCUCUUCAAUCAAAUGCAAAACUCGCUGCAAAUAAAGAUCAAUCAAAUACUCAGUCAAGUAACACAACAAAAGAAACUACACCGAAGAAAGAGAAGAAAGCUCAAUCAGCGCCGGUCAUUACCAGGAAAGAAACAAGAAAAGCUGAGGAAAAAAUUGUCCUUGAGCAAUCAACGUCAAUUAUUGAACCACCGACAAUUCCCUUAAAUCCGCCGCAAAUUCCAUCAACUCCAAUUGUCUCGGUUGUAACACCUUCGCCCACAACGCCCACGACAAGUUCAAUUUCUUCGACAAUUACAACAUCGAGUUUAAUUUUACCACGAGAAACUUCGCUUCCCAUUGAAACAAGAACACAAUUAACGCCACCGAUCAAAAAAGUAUCACCCAAUUCUAAUGUGAAAAAUGUAGCAGUAGUUAAAACAACAUCGUCACAAAGUCUUUUGCAAUCCAAUCAACAACAGCAACAGCAGCAACAACAACAACACUUUCCACCGCAUCAAAUUCAAGUAUCAACGUCCGCUGGUUUACAGACAAUACGACUUUCUGGACAUUCUGUACUUCAUUCGGCUCAACAAGUUUCCACAACAAUGGCAAGUAAUUCAGGUAGCACUUCACCAAAUAUAGCGACAAUUUUUUCAAAUACCAAAAUUCAAAAUCAACAACAACAACCGGUUAUUGCAAAUCAAGGAGCAAAGAGCAUUCUUCAAACUACGAAUGUAAAAUCACAACAGCAACAACAACAAGUUGGAAAAACUUUGCUAUCAUCACAAAUUAAAUUGGUAAGUUCCGGACAAAUUAAAUCUCUAUUGUCUGGCCAUGGACUUCAGGGGCAGACUAUUUUCAUUAAACAAUCGUCGCUUGCCUCGGGACAGACUCAACAAAUUCAACAACAACAGCAACAACAACAAUUGAAACAACAGCAGCAGCAACUACAGCAGAGAAUUGUCACUGCAAAUCAACAACAACUUCAAAAUUCACCAGUGCAAAGAAUUAUCACUCAAAUUGGUGGUAAGCCAAUUGCUGUGCAAAUUCAACAAUCACCACAACAACAACAACAGCAGCAACAAAAAAUAUUGGCUAAAGUACUUACAAGCGCUGGUGGUGGUCAAUUAAUUUCCGUUGAGAGUCUUCUUGCCCAAAAGGGCUUGAAAUUAGCAACACCCACUGGUCACACAACGCAAAUUAAUCGACAAGGCAAACAAGUUAUCCAAACUCAAUAUCAGGUCGUGUCACAAGCUCAGACCUCGUCUGUCCCACCGAAAAUAAUUGUCAGCAAUCAUCAACAGCAACAGCAACAAACACAGGGACAGGCGCAAACAGUGCGUAUGGUAACGGCACAACUUGCUGGUAAACCAAUUGUUCUUGCAAGUGGAAGUAAAGGUGUUGGUGGUGGUACAACUGGUGUUAUUCUUGGAAAACAAUCACCACAAGCUCAAUCGUCACAGCAACAACCAAUUAUUUUACCCAGUCAGUUAUUAAAUAUUAAAACUUUACAUGGUUUAAAAGUGAUACCAACAGCAACUGGUCUUAAGACAACAGGUGCUGCAGUCUAUGCACGAGUUAUUGCUCCAACGACAAUAUCAUCGACCCAAACAACAAGCAAUCAACAGCAAACUAUUCAAACACAACCACCAAGAACUAAUUCUUAUCCACCGUGAGAAGAAGUUUUAAAAAAGUAGGUUUUUUUUUUUUCUUUAAUUUAAUAAUAAGAGAAUUUAAUUUCAUUAUUAUUAUUAUUUAUUUUAAUAGUGAAUAUGGUGAUCAUACUCUCUCUAUUAUUUAAUUAUAUUGACCAUCGGAAAAUUUAUUCCGAUUAAUGUUGUACAUGAAAAAUUAUGAUAAACUUUGAAGAGUUUAAAAAAAAAAUAUAUAAAAGGAAUCUUAAUUUUGGAAAAGGGACAUUUGAAUUAAUUUAGAUUAUUUAAAAGAAAAUAAAAAAAAUAAAUUAGUACAAAAAUUUGCAUUCUUUCAUUGUGAAAGGAUAUAUUUAUAUAUAUACAUAUAUAUUUUUCUCUUGGGAGAAUAUAUUUUUCUCCUAUAUGAGAAAUUGCAAUUUUUUUCUCACACUUGAGAGAAAAUUUCUUAUCGAAAAAAAAAAUAUCGACUAUUUUUCUCUCAAAUGGAGAGAAAAAUUUCGUCAAAUAUCAAUUUUCCGAAAUGUUUCCUUUUAAUUAUUCUUGACGAUCUGGUUUGAUUAUCGGACGUCAUUCUCUCGUUUAUAGUCUUUCACAAAAAAAUGACAGCUUUUUUUCUGUCGUGAACGCAAGUUGUGAGAUUGCGUUUAUGUUUUAAUUUUUUUUUUUUUUUUUUAAUUUGUACAAUUAAAUUAAAUAGUAGAGGAAACAGAAGGUAGUGUAUUUGUAAGAAAGAUCAAGAGUCGGUAAUUAAAAUAUGUUGUUUUUUUUUAUUACGCGAUUGUGAUCAAAAAAUGAAUACAAAGUGUGUGUGUGUGUGAGAUGAUGUAAUUUACAAAAUGAUUUUACAGUUUGUGAUUACAAAAUACGGAAGAUUCUGUAUCAAAAAACUGAUUUCAUAUAAAGUUAUUUGCAAUAUAAAUUAAAAACUUAUGUAUACGUCGAACUUUAAAUUAAAUUAACUAUUAAUAUUACAGUCUAA